AUGGAUGCAGCAAUAGUACUUCCUGAAGAUCCCCCCCACCCGCAGCAAGACCCCCGCUGCUCAUCACCUCACCACCUCGCCUGCCGGCCUCCUCACUUCCCCGGCCUGCAGCAAGACCCCUGCACCAGCCUGCUGAUUGCCUCCUCACCCCUGCACCUGACCGCCACUUGCCUCCUCACUCCCCUGCCAGACCCCUCCGCCCACAGCGAGACCCCCACACGCCUGCCGCUCACCUCCUCGCCCCUGUGCCUGCCCACCACUCACCUCCUCACUCCCCUGCCAGACCCCCCCGCCCGCAACGAGACCCCCACACGCCUGCCGCUCGCCUCCUCGCCCCUGUGCCUGCCCACCACUCGCCUCCUCACUCCCCUGCCAGACCCCCCCGCCUGCAACGAGACCCCCACACACCUGCCGCUCGCCUCCUCACCCCUGUGCCUGCCUGUCAGCCACUCUCCUCCUCAUUCUCCUGCCAGACACCCCCCCACCCACAGUGAGAUCCCCACACGCCUGCUGCUUGCCUCCUCACCCCUGCACCUGCCCGCCACUUGCCUCCUCACUCCCCUGCCCGACCCCCCCGCCGACAGCGAGACCCUCGCACGCCUGCUGCUUGCCACCUCGCCCCUGUGCCUGCCCGCCACUCGCCUCCUCACUCCCCUGCCAGACACCCCCCCACACCCGCAGUGA